UUUCUAAAUUCAACUCUUUCCAUACAUAUAUAAAUUAUAAUCAUAAGUUAAUAACAUUCAUAGCCUGAAACACCAAGAUCUUCUUAACUGGCUCCAAGAUUUGAAAACCAAAAAAAGUUGGAUUAAUCAACUCUUUGAAGUUGGGUUUUGACAUUAAGCUGUGUACUCAUCUGGGUAUAAGCCAAUUCUUGCUCAUUUUUCUUAGCCUAUUCUAAAUACUAUUCUACUCACUCACAAUCACAUUGACUCAAAAUCAUCAUAUUCUGGUCUUGCUGAUUCUUGGUUAAGAUUUUUCCAUUUGUUAAACACAAUGUUUGGUUCGAAUGAAACUGAAAUUUCUUUGGGUAGAAAACUUGAAGAGCUAAUUGAAUGUCCUGUUUGCAAGAGUGUAAUGUAUCCACCAAUUCAACAGUGCUCGAAUGGCCACCCGUUAUGUUCAAGAUGCAAAUCAUUCGUAAAUCGCUGCCCUACAUGCCGAAGGGCGCUCGGGAACAUAAGAUGCUUGGUACUAGAGCAAAUGGCAGAGUCAUUUCAACUCUCGUGUGCAUACGAAUUGUUUGGUUGCAACGCCAAAUUCCCUUACCCGAACGGUUUAAAACAUGAGAAAAAUUGCGAACAUCGCCUAUUCAAUUGUCCUAAUCCUGUUUUAGGAAAAUCUUGUUCUUUCUGUGGUAACAUCUCAUCUCUUUUGAACCAUCUUAAAAGUCAUCACAAAGUUCCAAUCUACCAUGGACAAAUCUACAUGGUUACCUAUGUCGGUUUUCAUAUUCGGCCUCCAAUUCCUGCAUGGAAAAUGAUUGUUCUGAGGUGUUUUGAGAGCUAUUUCUGCUUGUAUUUUCGACAAGUAGAGCUUUUUCGUAGAGGGCUUUGUUACAUGGCCUUUGUUCAAUUCAUGGGGGACGACGAUGAGGCGACUCGAUUCACAUUCAAAAUGCGCGUUUCUGGCUACGAAAGAAGCGUGUCGUGGAAAGGAAAGCCGCGAGGCAUCCAAGUUAGUCAUCGCGAAAUUCAUAACAACGAAAAUGGAAUAGUCAUUCCAAUCCAAUUCGUACACUACUUGUUGGCGGGUGGCCAUUCUUUGUCACUGAGAGUAGAGUUUAGUAUGGAAACAUUUUCUUCAACUAAAGUUAUCAAGAUUUCUUAGCUAAUUUUUUUAUCUAUGUAUGAAACAAUUAUAAUUUGUUUGUUUCAUGAUGUUUACAUAAUACCAUUUUGAUCUUAAUUCAAGAAAA